CCCGCCAGGCGCUGGAGGCGGAGCCCGCCAGGCCCGUGUGUGUGCGGAGCUGGGAGCGGGAGGCGGAGCCCACCCGACCCGUAUUUAAGCGCAGCCCCGCCAGCUGCGGCGUUGUGAGCGCGGGGCGGAAGCGCCCGGCACCUCUUUCCCGUUUUCCGGGCGCAGGCGACGAGGAUGAGCCAGAGAGACACCCUGGUGCAUCUCUUCGCUGGCGGAUGUGGAGGUACUGUUGGUGCAAUUCUGACAUGUCCACUGGAAGUUGUGAAGACACGAUUGCAGUCCUCCUCUGUGACUCUCUACAUCUCUGAAGUUCAUCUCAACACUGUGAGUGGUGCUGGUGUCAACAGAGUGACCAGAGUUUCUCCUGGACCUCUCCACUGUUUGAAGAUGAUCUUGCAAAAUGAAGGCCCUCGUUCUUUGUUCAGAGGGCUGGGUCCUAAUUUAGUAGGCGUUGCUCCUUCCAGAGCCAUAUAUUUUGCUGCUUACUCAAACUGCAAGGAAAAGCUGAACAGUAUUUUCAAUCCAGAUUCUACCCAGGUACACAUGAUUUCAGCUGGUGUGGCAGGUUUUACUGCGAUCACAACAACUAAUCCCAUUUGGUUGGUAAAGACACGAUUACAGCUUGAUGCCAGGAAUCGUGGAGAAAAGCGAAUGAGUGCUCUUGAGUGUGUCCGAAAAGUUUAUCGAUCAGAUGGCGUUAAAGGCUUUUACAGAGGAAUGUCAGCAUCCUACGCAGGCAUAUCUGAGACUGUUAUUCAUUUUGUUAUUUAUGAGAGUAUUAAGAAAAAACUGCUGGAGUAUAAGACUGCUUCUCCAAUGGACAGUGAGGAUGAGUCGGCAAAAGAAGCAUCGGACUUUGUGGGAAUGAUGAUGGCUGCUGCCACUUCCAAAACUUGUGCAACAUCAAUAGCAUAUCCCCAUGAGGUUGUACGAACAAGACUAAGAGAAGAGGGAACAAAAUACAGAUCUUUCUUCCAGACACUGUCUUUGCUCGUGCGAGAGGAAGGGUACGGAUCCCUGUACCGAGGCUUAACCACGCACCUGAUCAGACAGAUCCCAAACACAGCUAUCAUGAUGUCAACCUAUGAAGUUGUAGUCUACUUGCUUGAUGGAUAGCAGUGUGACAAGGCUUCCUGGAAGAAGGUGGAAGAUGGAAAGACUGGAGUGGACCACUGAAUGUCAGUGCCAAUGUGGUGGGCAAAAGGAACGCUAUAUCAAGAAAAAGCAACUGUAGACAAAACAGAAGGUUGAUUGUGGGCAACUAUGAAUAAUUUUGCUGCCUUAUUGUGUGGUCUCUUGGCAGUGUGACAAAUAGGAACUGCCGCUUAAGGAAUGCCUUCAUACAUCUCUUAAUUCAAAAUUAUUACUUCCUUUUCAUCUCUUAAGCUAGACAAAACCAUGGAGUCAUCUUCAGAGACCUGAUGGGUGAGGGAGGGAAGAUAAGAUAUGUUCUUGGGCAGCCUUAUUCACUUUUCUUAGUGAUUGUUCUGUUUUAAUUCACAGUAACCUGUUGGAAGAAUGGACAAGACAGUACUUUUGUAGAUUUCUAUACCUGAAGGUUCAUAAAGAGACUGAGGUAGUAGUCAGUGUGUAAAGUUUUCCAUGUUGCUACCUCAAGACAAAAUAUGGUGCAGGGACCCAGAACAGAGUUAUUUCUUCACUACAAAAGGUGAUACUUUUUGUAGUUUUUAGUUUGCUUAUGGUUGGGUUUCCCCCCCUUACAUUUUGAGCAGUGUUGUAGGUUAGCAAGAGAGAAUCUGAUUACUGAACUCUUCAGGUUAUCAGUCUGUUAAUACUGGAUGUAUGUGGAUUUCUGGUUCUGCUGUAUUGUCUUUUUUCUUUUUUGGAACUGUUGUUAAGUUAGAGAGACCUAUGAAACAUUGUCCUAUAUCAUCAGUUUUCCUUGCCAACCUGUUCAGGUCACUCACACAGCUAAGGAAGAAGUUGGUGAAUGCUACUUUAUAGCCUUCUUAAGGAUUUGUAAUGUGAUCAGAAAUCUUAACUAGUCCAGCCUCCUGUUUGUGAAGACAGGAUUGACAGAUAGUUUCAUGCUGCCUAAGCACAAACUGUAUUACCCUUAAAUGUCUGGAUUACCUAUACUUUUAUGGAAGUACUGAGAGAGAGCACAUAUCACUGUGGCUAAGGUGACCAGAAAGCAGAAACCAGUUGAAGCUGUGAUAGAUCUUUUCAGUGCAGACAGGCUCUGUGCAGAAGAAUGGAGAAAAUUGCAGUUGAGAUUUUCUUGAAAGCAUUCCCCUUGAUAAUUGCUGUAUCACAUCUGUCAGCUUGAACCUGUGUCCUGAACUGCAGCUGACGUUGUAACCUUGUCCUCUACAUUGUCUGAAUAUUCAGACAUUGUUUUUACUCCAUAAGCCAAUAGCAAAACAAUGACUUGCAUUCAGCAGCGAGGCUUAGCUGGUUUUUUGUCAUGAUUUACGGAGUUUUCCAAAAUCAUACAACUGAAGUUUUAAAAAGUUGAACGUUACAGGAACUUUUACAGCUUUCUAGGUAUUCUGCAGUCUACAGCCAUUAUCCUUAGGAGGAAGAUGAUCAUUAUAAAUUGGGGGCAAUAGCUUUCUACUCAUAAAUGCUGCUACACUGGCAUGGACAGAACUGUGCUAUCAACUCUUCCAGUGUGGUACUUCAGUACACUUGAACUGUGCAUUGUGUGCAAUGGCUUUAUUUUAUGAAUGACUUCUUAUGCACUUUGCGGCCUUCUUAGGGCUUAUGAAUUUUCUUCCUCUUACUGCUUAUCUGUAGCCAAACUGUGUUUGAAAUAUGCAGUUGGGUUUUAAGCAAAGCAUGUGGUUUGAUUUCUGUGUAAGCUGUGCAAGAGUUCAUGCUGUAGAUCCAUGGCAUCUCUGCAGUGGUUCUGUAGGCUCUAUGUAAAAGCUCAAAGCUUGCAGAACAAUCAGUCUGGGUUUUUCUCAUUUUCUUGUCUUAAUUUUGACCCUUGUCAUGUUCUCCACACAGUGUCAAAGUCCUUGAGUAUUUAAUGUUAUUUUCUAUAUUAAUUGCUCAUCCUCUAAAAGCUAUCCAUAGUGUGUACAGUGACCUUGCAAUGCAAAAUUGACUUCCCUUCUUGGAAAAUGUUAUCUUUUUAAAGACAUAGCGUGGUCUGAGAUGUGACCAUGGUGACUUGAUUGUCCCAAAGAAGUGAAAGGAGUGCUUAAAUGUGUUCUAAAGUGGGCUUUUUCUAGUGGUCUCUCCAGGAAAAGUCUGGAGUAUUCAUGACUCUGACCCAAGCCUUGCUGUGAUGCCAUUGUUCAGGAAUAGUGACUUACUGUAACUUUUGUUGUGUGGAAAGUGGGUCACUCUCCAGGCUAUCCAGAUAGUUCAGUCACAGCCAAAACUUAGAUUCAGCUUUGGAAUUCAUGAAUGUGAUAAUCACUUGGAUUUGCCGAGGCUUCAUGAGAGUUACUCUCCUGUUUGGAUACAUUGUCCCUUGGUUCCAUGUUUGUCUCCCAUGAAUUCCCUGGGUACUGUGUGUGUGUGCCUUCUCUGGGGGAGAGCAGAGCCCCUUGGGUUGAUAUGGACACGUUAACAAGGACAACUGAAUACGGGAGGCAGCAGCUUAAAGUAGACAAUCAGUUUAUUAUUCCACUUCUUUAAUGGAUGUUCCAGCUUUGUUUUAAGUUUCAGGGGUGAUCUUUUGGAUUUGCUUUACAUAACCAAACAUAACCCCAAAAUUUCUUGGGAUUUUUUGCUAUUUUUUAGACUAUCGGUACCUACGAAGUUACCUCUGAAAUAUUUCCCAAAGAUCUGUAAAUUAUUUAUAUAGUUUUCUUCAUAUUUAUUAUAAAAAGUCAAAGGGAAUAAAAAGAUGCUACAUUCAAUAAUAUCUUUAAGUACAGAGCUGAAAGGAGUGCAUUUAAACUGGCCAUCUUGAUUUGUAUUUGAGUGUCGUGUAUUUGUGUCACACUUGUCUGUGCUAGAGGCAGAGGUCUGGGAUGUCUGAAACUCAGUAAUUAAUUGGCUUCCCGCUAUUUCCCUCACCUGGGUCAGACCGAACUGGUUGGGUGCGGGAGGCUGCAGUUCCCCGGCGCGGCCCGCAGGUGGCAGCGGAGCACUCCCGCUCUGCUGAGCCGCGCUGGGAACACGGCGAGGAAAAGCCGUGGAAAAUUGAUUCCCGUGAGCGCAGACACAUUCCUGAGCCCCUCCUGUCCGUUCGGCUCCUGCAGUGCUGUGUGGAAACAGCUCAGCUGGGGUGUCUUGCGAGGGACUGAGCCCAGCCUUUCACCUGAUGGACAGAUUUUUUUUUUUUUGUCCGAAUUUCUGGUCUGCUCCUCUGUGUUGUUUGAAGUAGGUUUACAGUAGGGAGCUGUGGAGUUCUUGGUUGUUCUGAUUGUAACUGAAACAUCACCUGUCCAUUUGUAUAUUAACACUGAACCGAUCUAGUUCUGUUUACAUAAUGCACUCCGUAUAUUCCCUUGCUGAUUGAGAUGUUAAUGACAUCUGAUUGUUUGUUAAUGACAGUUUUUCUGGUUUUCGUAUGGCCUCUGUAACAUUCCUCAGACUGUAGCAUUGUAAAAGGAUGCUUCCAGAGACAAAACAUUGGAGAGCCUUUAUAGGUGUUGCUUCCUGUUUAAACUGUUCAAGUUUGGAAACAAGCAGAAUGCUGAAGUGUGCCUAGGUAAAUGUACUCUUUUCAACUUUCUGUUUGUUAAGACUGAGUUAUGUUUUUUCGGUUCUUCUAUUUAAGAGUCUGCCUGCCCUGCAUAUGUGAACAUAACUACACCCUCAGAGUCAUAGCUAAACACUCACAGAUGACAGUUUGAGAAUACUUCAAUGCUCAUGUGAGGUUUGCUAUUAUUCUUGCAUACAUGUAGUUGGCUGUAAACUAUGUGCAUUUACUCUGUAUUUAUAUAGUUAACUUUUUUGUUUGGAUUGCUUUAAACUUCAAAGCAAAUUAAAAUGAUGUGCUUCUCUUCAAAUGUUGCCUUCUGUGCUAAACUGUACACUGUUUUUAACCUUUGAAUUUUUCUAUUAUUGAUACAUACCAGUGCCUGGAGAGUUGUGAUUAAAAAUGAGCAAUUCAUUAGGA